AUGAAUCUUUAUCGUGUCAGGGUUUUCCUUGAAGCUCCAGCUGCUGCAGGCUUUGCACGAGAAUGGCAACUUGUAGCUUGAAGAUGGGGUUUACCCAGUGGCCCUGGAGGAAGGGGGAAAGCAGAUUUACUGGCAGUGAGGGCAGCAAGGAAGCAUCGGCCCCAUUUCGUCACAGCUGAACUGUGACAGUUCAAAGUCCGCUCAUACCGUAAAAUCCAAGAAUGGUUUGGACUGGAAGGGCCCUUAGGGAUCAUCUCAUGCCACCCCUGCCAUGGCAGGGACACCUUCCACCAUCCCAGGCUGCUCCAAGCCCUGUCCAGCCUGGCCUUGGGCACUGCCAGGGAUCCAGGGGCAGCCACAGCUGCUCUGGGCACCCUGUGCCAGGGCCUGCCCACCCUCACAGGGAAGGAUUUCUUCCCAGUAUCAUCAGUGUCAUGUUAUAAACACGUUAAUGACAAUUUUGCUCCAUUAGCCAAGACUGCAGCUACUGAGAGACCUCUGCAUGGUCUUUGGAACUGAUGCAUCAGGUGAAAGAAGUCUUGUUCAUGUAAGGCUCACGAUAAAAAUCAAGAGGGUUUGCAAGUGCUCAAGAAGCUUGAAGAAUAGAAGCUGCAAGUGAAGACCUCACUGGAAGUCAAAGGGAUGAGGUUGGGUGCGUUGCCCACAGCUUCCAGAAAAACCACCAAGUUCUAAAAUUGGCUCUGGGUUCAGAAGGACGUCAGAUCCCUCAGAUCAGGCCCAUGAUGGAGGUGGGUUGAUGCCCAAGGCCAAGACUGAAUUCCCCUCUCGCAUUGCUGAGACAUGCAACUCGUGGAGAGAUUCUGCAGAUGAGUCUGACUUCUGUGGUUUCCUGGAGUCUGGUCUCAGGCUAUAAAACCUUUCUGGGAGCAGGACGAGACCCCAGACGCAGCCACACCUCUGAGGGAUCCACUGAAGGCCAGAAGGCUGUGAUGGAGCACCUGCAGACUCUCCUGCUGUCCCUCCUGCUGGUGAUGUGCCCCCCAGCCAGCGCCAAUUAUCCCUGGAAGUGGAAGGAGAGAGGAGGAGAAGCCAAGGCAGCCUCCAGGGCACACCCCACACCCUACAUGGCCUACCUGCAGGGGAAGGACAAGAACUUCUGCGGGGGCUUCCUCGUGGCCCCCGGCUGGGUGAUGACGGCGGCUCAGUGCCUCGUCCACAGACCUCUGACUGUCAUCCUGGGAGCCCACACGCUCCAGAGGAGAGAGGACAGCUGGCAAACCUUCGAGGUCAAGGAGUACCACUGCCACCCGGGUUUUACAAGCCCUAAGAAGGGAAAUGACAUCCUUUUGCUGAAGCUGAAUGGAAAUGCCACCAGCAACAGCCACGUCAGGCCCAUUUCCUUUGAGAAAUCCAAAGUUCGUGGUGGGAGCGAGUGCAGUGUGGCAGGCUGGGGAUACAGGACAGCCACUGUCACCCUGCGUGAGGCCACUGUCACCGUCAUCAGGCAAAGGGACUGCCUCAGCCACUACCCAGGACUCGCUGACAACUUGAUUUGUGGCCGCAGCAGAUCCUCUGGGGUACCUGAAAAGGGUGAUGCUGGGGAUCCGCUGGUCUGCAACAACAAAGCCUAUGGCAUCUUCUCCUACAGGCACAACAACUGGCCUGGCUUCUACACACACAUCGCUCCUUUCCUCCCCUGGGUCAACAGCGUCAUGAAGUCAGCGUGACCCUGCUCCUCCUGCAGAGCUCACCCUCCAGAGCCCUGUCCUCACCAGCUCCCUUUCCCUUUCUCCCUGGGAAACAUCUCCCACUGCUCCUGGUGGAUGUGGCAAGGACUUCUCCGUGGCCAAGCCGAGCUGUGUCCGUGGUGGGGCUGGCACUGAGGUUGUGCCCUGGCUGUGUUUGUCCCCUGUGCUCAUGGGGAGUGCCUGCACUCCUUCCCUGCUGCCCUGACUGAGCCCUCUGUGGCUCCAGCUGCGGAGAGGGAGCAGCAGGACAGCCCAGAGAGGUUCCAGGAGCUGGGGAGGUGUCUGUAACCCUCAGGGGAAGGCUGCACAAUGAGAUCAGGGGGAUCCAAAGAGCAGCCUCCUCCCUGUCUGUCAUUUGUGACACCACACAUCUGGGUGUCCAAGCUCCAAGGAGGACACUUCCAGCUCCUGCUUCACUCCUGCUGUCCCUACCUCUGAAACUGCUGCCUCCUCUCUCCCCUCUUCUGUAGCUCCAGUGUCGUGGGAACACAUAAAAACAAUAAAUCUC